AUGGGGAAAGAUCAUAAGGCAAGAAAAAUUCCUAGAGAAUUUGCUGCCAUACAGCAGGCAGUUCCUAAUGAACCUGUCAUAGUGACACUUAUAGCUACCCCCGCGUCCAGUAGGCCACUCAUCAACCAAGCAAAUGGCACCCCCAAAAAGGGCAUCCCAAGUGACAACCGUGUUCGGUUAUUCACUAAUCAACCAAACCAACCAGUAGCCCAAGAAAAGGGCACCCCAAAAGUGACAACCGUACAACCGUGCAACCGUGUCUGGUGUGAAAGUUGUGUGGAAUUACUUUUUGUGAGAGGAGCUGGAAAUUGUCCUGAAUGUGGCAUCCCUCUGCGGAAGAGUAACUUCAGAGUACAGUUGUUUGAAGACCCUAUUGUUGACAAGGAAGUUGAGAUUAGGAAAAAAGUGCUAAAGAUAUAUAACAAAAGAGAAGAAGACUUUCCUAGUCUAAGGGAAUAUAAUGAUUUCCUGGAAGAAGUUGAAGAAAUUGUUUUUAACUUGACCAAUAAUGUGGAUUUGGACAAUACCAAAAAGAAAAUGGAGCUAUACCAAAAGGAAAACAAAGAUGUCAUUCAGAAAAACAAGCUAAAACUAACUAGAGAACAGGAGGAGUUGGAAGAAGCUUUAGAAGUGGAACGACAAGAAAAUGAACAAAGACGACUGUUCAUACAAAAGGAGGAACAACUGCAGCAGAUUCUAAAAAGAAAGAAUAAGCAGGCCCUCUUAGAUGAACUGGAGAGUUCUGAUCUGCCUGCGGCUCUGCUUUUAGCACAACAUAAGGAUAGAUCAACACAGCUGGAAAUGCAACUAGAGAAAACUAAACCAGUGAAACCAGUGACUUUCUCCACAGGCAUUAAAAUGGGCCAGCAUAUUUCAUUAGCCCCUAUUCAAAAGCUGGAGGAAGCUCUAUAUGAAUACCAACCAUUACAGAUAGAGACAUGUGGACCCCAAGUUCCUCCCUUGGAGAUGCUAGGAAGGCUUGGGUAUCUAAAUCAUGUCCGAGCUGCUUCACCACAGGAUCUUGCUGGAGGCUAUACUUCAUCGCUUGCGUGCCACCGAGCCUUACAGGAUGCUUUCAGUGGACUUUUCUGGCCAUACAGUUAACCUGCACUUGCUUAUUUACCAGUUUGUAAGGCUUAGAAACUGGAAUGGAACCAGAAUGUAGCCCAAGGAAAGCAAACAUGAAAUGACCAAAUGACCACCACAUACAGUACAACUCAAUAUGAAUGCUGCCACCCAGGGUAGUGACUUGAAAUAGUGACAAUACAGUGCCAUGUAACUGGGAGAUGCAUUUUUGUAGAAGAAAAUUCAUUUUUACUUGAUUUUCCUGAGAGGAAUUGAAGCAAUAAGCCACAUCUAAUGGAAGAUAUGAAUAAUUUAGCUAUGUAUACUUAAGGUUUAAAGACAGACUUGUAAAUUUUUUUUAAAAAUAAAGCUAGACUUUAUAUUAAAUUUUACAGUUUUAUGCUUUUAUUAUAGUAUUUUAUUUGAACAAGUAUUUAAAUGCCAUUUUCAUGACCACAUUAAGUUAAUAU